AACGACGUGUCGUUAUACAUGUUUGUGAACUCCGCGAAACCUAUUCUUCUCGGUUGAGACCUCGCAUAGCGAAUUUGCCAGAAUCUGAUAAUCUCACAGCUCCAUUCUCAUAAUCCAAAAUGCCCAAACACGAUCUCUCAGACACGGAACACGAAGAAACCUCCGAGAACUCAAGCUCAGAGUCAGAGGAGGUGGGAAAGCCCAGCAAUGGCCAAAAAGACCGAGUGGGAUCAUCAGUCUCAGAGUACGAGAAGCAGAGGCUAUCGAGAAUUGCAGAAAACAGGGAAAGAAUGGAGGCUCUAGGUCUGCCUAAAAUUGCUUCUUCCGUAAUGGGUUCGGGCCAGAAUGGGAAGAGAAAGAACAAGAAGGUGCAGAAGGGGAAAGCCAAGGUCUUUGAGGACGAUGAAGAGUAUAGGCCUGAAGAGGAGGAAUCUUGUUCAUAUUCUAGCCAGGAGGAAGCUAUGGAGGAGGAUGAUGACGAUGAUUAUUUGGGUGAAAAAACAUCUGGGUCACGCAGAAAAAAGGUGAAGAAUAAAGGUUCAAAAUCUAAGAAGGCUCUUCCCCGAAGUAUUUUGAGUAACAACGAUUUCAUCAAUGAUGACGAGGCGUUGAAGCAGGCAAUUGCUAUGUCAUUACAAGGGUCGGUAGAAGUUUCAGCUGUGGCACAUAGUGGGCCUUUACAGCGCCCUAAUGUGGAUAAUGCUAAGGUUAACGAAAGAAAGGGAAACAAUCAGAUUCCGGAAGAUACAGGGAGGAAGAGGAAAAAAUCGUUUGCUAGUCGGCUGCAGAUGACAGAGGAUGAGUUGGUUUUGCAUUUCUUCCAGUUUGAUGAGAACUGCAAUGGAGGACUUUCUCUACGGGAUUUACAAAGAGUGGCAACUGCUCAUGAUUUUAUGUGGACUGAUAAGGAGUUGGCUGACAUGAUUCGCUGUUUUGAUAGUGAUGGUGAUGGGAAGCUGAGUUUGGAUGAGUUUCGGAAGAUUGUUGUUCGUUGCAACAUGAUAAAAGAGCCUGAACAGUCUUGAUGGGUUGAAAGCGAUUGUGAACUGAAAAGAAUGUUUUAAAUUUCAGAGGAUUAGAAGGUACAUAAUAUCUUUGAAGGUUGGAAGCAGAUGUAAGAUGAUACCGGAAUCUGUUUCGGUUUAUGUGAGUUGAUACACAAACAGGUGGGCAAAAACGAGGUGAAGAUACUUUCAAGAACGGGAAGGGUGGUGCUUACUGUUUUAACUUCAGGGUGUGUGCUUUGGCUGGAAACUGAAAAUUCUAACUUGCAUUAACUCAUUUAACUAAUUAUGUUAGAAUUUGCUUGGCGGAAUGAGAUUUUUGGAAUCUCGUACCCAUUUCCAUUCGUUUUGAAAAUAUUAAGCAUAGAAAUUGUGUUAUAGUACACAAAUAUGCCAUUAUCAUCCA